AUGGGGAAAAACCAAGCCUACAAGGCGAUGCAGAGAGCGCGGCUCGGCUCGAGCUCCGCCGCGCCGGAAGAGGUUGAGGAUGGCAUGGUGGAUGGUUCAUUUCAUUCUCCAGAAUGGCAUGCUGCUCGCUUGGCAAGUCUCAAAACUUCUCAUACAGUCACGUGGGAGGAGUUCAAGAAGAAGCAAAAGGAAGAAGAAAUGAGAAAGGGAGAGUUGGAAGCAGAUAAAGACAGGAUGAUGAGAGAGUAUAGGGCUCAGCUAGAUGCUGAAAGGGCACGAAAACUUGCACAUGGGAAAAAUCACUCCAGCAGUAAAUCCAGCCGCAGAAAGGAUAAGGACAAAGAUGCAAAGAAACAUAGUAGCAAGAAGCGAAAGCGUUCAAGGCGAUCAUCAGAUUCUAGUUCAAGCUCUUCGUCAGAAACAUCGAGCAGUGAUACUGAUGAUGAGAGAGAUUCAAAACGGUCAAAAUCAAGGUCAAAGAGAAGUAAGAAAGGUAAGAAGCACCGCUCGAGAUCAAAGCACUUGAACAGUGAAGAUGAAGAGACGGAUGGACCUUUACCGCUUUCUAGAUUCUUUGGGAGCAUAAAACGAUGA